CGUGGGCACAGAGCUCUUAGAUCUCCAUGUUGGGGUGAAGGUAGAGAGCUGAGCUGCGCCUAACGACUCGCAGCUCUCUGAGCACCGUCAGACGGUGGACUCUGCGAUGGUGCACGCACAGGCAUCGUCAGUGCGAUUCAGACAUUGGCAAAAGGCAGGUGACAAUAUUGUUGCCGCUGGACAAGAUUGCUUGUCAGGCCCAUGUAGCCGUACCGGCAUGCAGGAGCCCACGGGUCCGUCCGCUCUUCUCCAUUCUGAUCGCGCACACGCGCCGCGCCUACUUCGAUUCGCAUUGCAGGACAGCAUCGGCUCGGCCUCGUCUCUCAUGCUAGCAAUGCCCUCCACUUUGCUCGCGUAAGCAGGGCAUCAGCAGAGCUCGCUUGACCGGGGGUGUUGAAUCGGAAGUAUAUGAACUUUGACAUGCGAUGCUCCCAAAUUUGGCGCUAGCGUAGGUGAAGUGAAAGCAUCGUGAGCGUAAUUUGCAGUUGAAGGACCGCGCGACCGUGACUCUGCUGACUGUAGCUCCUGCUAAGUCUG